AUGGGCGGAAGUGGUCGCUGGCAUCGCCUGGACGAAGGGCGCUGGGCUCGGGCUCGAUCCCUGCAGAUGGACAGCAUCUUCGACGAUGCCCAGGAUGCUCCUUAUGCCGUCAUGGCCUUUGCGCUCCACUGCCUUGACCGGUCGGAUCUCGAGCAACUGCUGCAGAUGGGGCUCCACCAUCGGUGGUCUUGGCGCAUUCGAGAAAUCUACGAGAAGGCUGUGGAUGCAUACUUCACGGAGCACUUCGGUGAAGAUUUCAGCGAGACCUUUGGCAUCAGCAGCUUGAGCCUGCAAGACCUCUCUCAGGUCGUGGCGAUCAUGCGCUGUUGGAAGGCAGGGAACGAGGACGCAGAGGCAUUGGAAGCCGAGCUUUGUCGUUUGUGUCAGGUGGACCUGGCUCCCAAGACGGAAGAACGUUUCAGAUUCUUGGAAGAAGCAGCUGCUGUGGCAGAUGAUGAUCAAGAUGCCGAAGAGGACGAAGACAGCCCCGAAGAAGACGAGCAACCCGUGACUAAGAUGCAAGCUGAGCCGACUGAAGUGGAAGAGGAGCCAGAGGAGUCGCACCUCAUCGGCAUUCUUAGACCGAAGAGGCCUCGGAAGAAGCUUCACAAGAGGAUGGUGCCAAAGCCUUCGCUGCUCAAACGCAAUCGUCCACUGCAGCGAAGCUCUCUGCAGAGUCUGCUGUCAAUACCGGACCCUGAGCGGGAAGUUGACCCAGACAUCUUUCCGGAAAUUGAGCCGGAGUCGGAGGUUGACGGUUCCGGUCGAAGCUCGAGUGACGUGGCCCCACACACUUCCGUGAAGAGGAUUGUGCCAAAGCCUUCGAUGCUUAGACGCAAUCGUCCACUGCAGGAUUCCGUGCAAGGCCGGACCUCCGCCAGACGCAUGCGAUUUGGCCUGUCCAGCUCCUUGCGGUGA